CACGCGCUCUGCGCUCUUCGCGCCCGAGUUCGACUUUCGCACGAGUGCGCGAACACAUUCGCACUUUCGGACUCGUGGACUUUCGGACUGGGACUCGCAGGAUUGCUGGCAGCGAGAGCACUCGCAGUCGUUUGUGAGCGUUCGCAGCGCCAGCAAAGUGUUAAACGAAUAGCCAACAAAGCAAAUACAAUUAACCACAACUGGAAGCACUUCAGUCCAGCCGCAGAAGCAGCUAAGUUCACACCAACCUCUCGGAGAUUCCCCGCCAGGAGACAGGACAAGGAGUCAAGGAGUCAAGCAGCCAAGCAGCUGAAAGGAGUGCGAACAAUGUGCGCCGCGCUGCGUCGUAAUUUGUUGCUGAGGAGCCUCUGGGUCGUCCUGGCCAUUGGCACCGCUCAGGUUCAGGCCGCCUCGCCGCGAUGGGAGCCCCAGAUCGCCGUUCUCUGUGAGGCCGGACAAGUCUAUCAGCCGCAAUAUCUUUCCGAGGAGGGACGCUGGGUGACGGACCUCAGCAAGAAGACAACCGGGCCCACAUGUUUGCGUGAUAAAAUGGAUUUGCUCGAUUACUGCAAGAAGGCCUACCCCAACCGGGACAUAACCAACAUCGUGGAGUCAUCCCACUACCAGAAGAUCGGCGGCUGGUGUCGCCAGGGGGCUCUGAAUGCGGCCAAGUGCAAGGGAUCCCACCGAUGGAUCAAGCCAUUCCGCUGUCUCGAAGGACCAUUCCAAUCGGACGCCCUGCUGGUUCCCGAGGGCUGCCUGUUCGACCACAUCCACAACGCCUCCCGAUGCUGGCCAUUUGUGAGGUGGAACCAAACCGGAGCAGCCGCUUGCCAGGAGCGCGGCAUGCAGAUGCGCAGCUUCGCCAUGCUCCUGCCCUGCGGCAUCUCGGUCUUCUCCGGCGUGGAGUUCGUCUGCUGUCCCAAGCACUUCAAGACCGAUGAAAUCCAUGUGAAGAAGACCGACUUGCCGGUGAUGCCGGCGGCUCAGAUCAACACCGCCAAUGACGAGCUGGUAAUGAAUGACGAAGACGACAGCAACGACUCGAACUACUCCAAGGAUGCCAAUGAGGACGAUCUGGACGACGAGGAUGACUUGAUGGGUGAUGAUGAGGAGGACGACAUGGUAGCGGAUGAGGCAGCGACCGCAGGCGGAAGCCCCAGCACCGGAUCCUCCGGCGACUCGAACAGCGGAUCUCUGGACGACAUAAAUGCGGAGUACGACAGCGGCGAGGAGGGCGACAACUACGAGGAGGACGGUGCUGGCUCCGAGAGCGAGGCUGAGGUCGAGGCCUCCUGGGAUCAAAGCGGAGGAGCCAAGGUCGUGUCCCUGAAGAGCGAAGCCGCGUCCGCGUCCGCGUCCCCGUCCAGCGCACCGGCAGCUUCUGCCCCCGAGAAGGCACCUAUGAAGUCCGAAUCGGUCACGAGCACUCCUCAGCUCUCCGCUUCUGCAGCCGCUUUUGUAGCUGCCAAUUCUGGAAACUCGGGAGUAGGAACUGGAGCUGCAGUUGGAGCAGGAGCAGGAGCAGGAGCAGGAGCUGGAGCCCCACCAUCCACCGCACAACCCACUUCGGACCCCUACUUCACCCACUUUGAUCCGCACUACGAGCACCAGAGCUACAAAGUAAGUCAGAAAGAAGCCCAACAGCGCCUUGAGGAAUCGCACCGCGAGAAGGUCACGCGCGUGAUGAAGGACUGGUCCGAUCUCGAGGAGAAGUACCAGGACAUGCGCCUAGCGGACCCCAAGGCAGCCCAGUCCUUUAAGCAGCGGAUGACGGCUCGCUUCCAGACUUCUGUUCAGGCACUCGAGGAAGAAGGCAACGCCGAGAAGCACCAGCUGGCCGCCAUGCACCAGCAGCGCGUGCUGGCCCACAUCAACCAGCGGAAGCGCGAGGCCAUGACCUGCUACACCCAGGCCCUCACUGAGCAGCCCCCGAAUGCCCACCACGUUGAGAAGUGUCUGCAGAAGCUACUGCGCGCCCUGCACAAGGACCGGGCCCACGCCCUGGCCCACUACCGCCACCUGCUGAACUCUGGAGGACCUGGUGGCCUGGAAGCCGCUGCUUCGGAGCGUCCACGCACGCUGGAGCGCCUCAUCGACAUCGAUCGUGCCGUCAACCAGUCGAUGACCAUGCUCAAGCGCUAUCCAGAGCUGUCGGCCAAGAUUGCCCAGCUGAUGAACGACUACAUCCUGGCACUGCGCAGCAAGGACGACAUUCCCGGCUCAUCGCUGGGGAUGAGCGAGGAGGCGGAGGCCGGCAUUCUGGACAAGUACCGCGUCGAGAUCGAGCGCAAGGUGGCCGAGAAGGAGCGACUGCGGCUGGCGGAGAAGCAGCGCAAGGAGCAGCGGGCCGCCGAGCGGGAGAAACUGCGCGAGGAGAAGCUGCGCCUGGAGGCCAAGAAGGUGGACGACAUGCUCAAGUCCCAGGUGGCCGAGCAGCAGUCCCAGUCAACCCAGUCGUCCACCCAAUCGCAGGCGCAGCAGCAGCAACAGCAGCAGCAGCAGGACAAGAGCCUCGCCGGCAAGGAGCUGGUAGGUGGCGACGGAGCUCUGGUCACAGCGGCCAAUCCCAACCUAGAGACCACCAAGAGCGAGAAGGAGCUAUCGGACACUGAGUACGGCGAGGCAACAGUGAGCAGCACCAAGGUGCAGACCGUGCUGCCCACGGUAGACGACGACGCCGUCCAGCGGGCGGUGGAGGAUGUGGCCGCCGCCGUUGCCCACCAGGAGGCCGAGCCGCAGGUGCAGCACUUCAUGACCCACGACCUGGGCCACCGCGAAUCGAGCUUCUCGCUGCGCCGCGAGUUCGCGCAACAUGCGCACGCGGCCAAGGAGGGCCGCAACGUCUACUUCACGCUCUCCUUCGCCGGCAUCGCCCUGAUGGCGGCCGUUUUCGUGGGCGUGGCCGUGGCCAAGUGGCGAACAUCGCGCUCGCCGCACGCCCAGGGCUUCAUCGAGGUCGACCAGGUGGGUUGUCAGAACGUCACAACACACCAUCCCAUCGUGCGCGAGGAGAAGAUCGUGCCCAACAUGCAGAUCAAUGGGUACGAGAAUCCGACCUACAAGUAUUUCGAAGUGAAAGAGUAAGCGAGAUGGCAGAGCGAGCGAGUGGCACACAUCAACAUCAACAACAACAGCAACAGCAACAGCAACAAAAGCAACAGAAACAGCAACUGCAGCCACCGCGAUUUCAAAAUGGAAAACUUAAGCGUAAUAUUAAAGCAGAUGGGAGAGGAGAAAUGAUUUUUUUUUCGUCAAAAGGAGCGCAGUUUCAAUAAGCAAGAAUGGAAGGGUAGAAGAAGAAGAAAGAUAAAUUCAAUAAAUGGUAAUAUAUCUAUAUAUUAAAUUAAAGCAAGCAAGCAAGCAGAAAGGCAACAAUAUAAAGCAAGCAAUUAAAUUUAAGUAUUUGAAUGUUUAACAGAACGCCGUAAACAUCCUUUCCAGCUCUCUCUCUCUCUCUUUCUCUUCCCCUGUCUCUGUCUCUGUCUCUGUCCCAUCACCACACCCAUACACACACACAUCAACAGAAGGCACACAUAGACACCUCCCGAGUAAGGAUCACAGGGGAGGGGAGGGGAGGAAGGAGAGGAGCGGAAGAAGAGCAAAACAAAAGAUAUUCCUAGUAAAUAAAUUGUCAACACACACACACACACACCCACUCACAUUCCAACACCGACUCACCAACCGACACAGACACACACAUACUAAGACACAAUCGCAUUCAUGCCUGCUUCGUAGCAUACUUUUGAGCGUACUUUUGAGCGUGGCAUUAGAAUGCUUGCAAGCCGAUCGCAAUUCUUACCAAAACCUACGCCACUAAUUAGAGCGGCAGCAGGAGCUAGAAGAGGAAGACAGGAGGCAGAAACACCCACACACAGACAUACACACACACACACAGAUACAGAAUCUCACACACCGAGACACUUGUGAACCCAAGAGCUACCUACGCGUACUAAUCCCUAUACGAUCGUGCAUAUGCGCAUACGCUUGUGCAUAUGUCGAACUUUCUCUCUCUGUAAGCCACACAUACACACACACACUCACCAGAGAAGGAAGCACACAAAUCACGCCAACACAAGUUAGACACACACACACACUCAUACACUCACAUGCAUACACGCAAAAUAUAUACAAAAUAUUUACAGCAAAGCCAGAAGAAAUGUCCAUAAAUGUAUUUAUGUAUCUAUACACGAGCCACACAAACCAAAGGUCAAAGGUCGCACGACGCUUGGCGGGCUUUGAAUAUAAUAUACGAAUCAGCUAUGUAACAGAAACAGAAACAAUGCAAAACGCUAAGCUAAUUGCAGACAGAAAGAAACAAACCAAAAGCGAAAGGCAAAAACCAAAUAUUAAAACGAAAAGCGAACAAAUUUUAGAACUUUUUCUGCAUAUUUUGUGUGUAAGUCGAUGGUCGAACAGAAACAAGAACAAAAAGGAUUUCUCUCUUUUUUACGUACAUUUUCACCGAAAAGACAGCACAAAACAAGACAGCAGUCACACCCACACACACACACCACACACUGAACGGAGCCCUUGAGCCAAGUUGAGUUUAACUAAGUUAAAUUGAGUUGAGUUGUUGCAUUUCAUAUCGCAAGUGUUGCAUAAUUGCAAUUGCCUUUAAAGCGAAAAACUGGCGCAGCAAGAAGAGAUAAGCGGGCUCGGCGAACCGGAGACGGAAUCGCAAAAUCCAGGGAGACGGCAUCGGCACCGGCACCGGCACCACCUAGAGUGGAUAGUGGAGAGUGGAGGCUCCGAGGAACCCGAAGAACCCGAGGCCCCGAGGCGCAGAGGCGCAGAGAUAAACCAAUUCGAAGCGGCUAGUUCAUUUCACGGCUCGAUUGCUUGGCAAAUAUUUGGCCUGUUUUGUUCGAGCAGCGAGAUACUGUUACUCAAUCAAGCCAAAUAAUCGAAAUGCUUUCCCCGCCGAAAGCCGACAAGUGGCUGCCCUUCUCGGUUUGCAUUCCCAUUGCGAUCUGCGUUCAAUUUCCAUUGCGACUGAUGUUGAUGCUAGCCAUUUUCUUGGUGAUGCACUUGGUGGCUCACUUCGGGUGACAGGAAGUGCGGAAGUUUCGGGGGAAACAGGAACUCAGCUGCAAUAGGAACUCAGAUUAAUGCUGAGAUGUUACUAAAUCAAAAUUGCGGCGAUUUCACCGAAAUGAUCAGGAAGAAAGCUCAGAUUUAAGUAGACAUUUGUUAGAUUUACGAGUUUCGUUUAUUCACUUUCACAUCAGUUUCAGACAUUAUUUGGUGUUGGUACCUAAGUUCAAUAUCCAAUAUCUGAUAUCUUUUGAUAUUCAUGGCCCCAUUUUCAGCAUCAGCUUCAGCUUUAGUUCUGAUUUUGAUUGACCUGCAUUGCAAUGGCCAUUUGAAUGGCAUGAAUAUGGGGGGAAUGUUUAGAACACUUGCCACAAAAGCAUGGCAGAUGAAGGCAAUCAAGGCGAAUCCACGGCGCUCCUCGACACAGACACAGACACAAACAAAAACAUAAACAGACACGUUAUAUAAUGUAUUACAAACAUAUAUAUAUUUCAAGAGGAAAAACCAAAUGGCAAAUCAACUACACAAAAGCAAAUAAGAAGAAAUCUUACUAGUCAAAGCUUGAAUAUUUUUUAAUUUAUUCAUUAAUGCAACAAGAACAACAAGAAAAAAAUGAAAAAAGUAUACAUAUAUAAAAAAAACAACAAAAAAAGAAAAAACAAUUGAUAUUUACACUUAGUGAAGCAAAAAGCAAAACCAAAAACAAAAAAAGCGAAAAGUAUAAGCGAAGAAAGGAACAAAAAAAACAAAAAUGAUGCAAAUGUGUAAGAAAUAAACCCCGUCCUGCAUAAAUAAAAUUAAAUAAAAGAAUAAAAUAAAUGGAAGCGUAUAGAAUAUCAUAAAGUAAAGAAGAUUUACACAAAACUUAAAUGCAAAACAAACAAACAAAGAAAACAAAACAAAACAAAAUACGAGAAAGCAAGAACAACAAAAUUAUAAUGAAAUCGCAUGUGUUUUUGUCGUAGUCUCAUCAUUGAAAACCAAGUGAAAAUAAAUAAUAUAAUAAUAAAACAAAAAGCAAAAAAGAAAAACCAAGUAAAUUGUAAUGAGAAGAAAACAGCAAAUAAGAGCAACAAUUUGUGUAAUUCUUUUAGUCGAACUAUGAUUUUUGGACGAGCAGAAAACUAAGUUGGAGCAAAGUAUAUAAAAAUUUAAAUAUUAAAUGUACUCGAAGACAAUUGUAAUUGCAACAAUAA